UACAAAAAAUUAUUAGAUUAAACAAUUUAUAAUUUAUUGUAAGAUUUGUUUCAGAUAAAAAUGGUGAUUGCAGUCUCAGCAAUUCCCGAUACGGAGCAAAAGAAGAAAAAGAGUAAGAACAAGCGGCCCCUUGAUGAAGAACCAGAACUAGAAGGGAAAAAGAAAAAGAACAAAAAAGAAACCCCUGAACCAGAGACGGAAGAAAUCCGGGAAAUUAAGAAGAAAAAGAAAAAGGACAAAUCCAAAGACGCAGUAGAAAUUGCUGAACCUGAAGUUAGCGAAGUUGUUGGGAAGAAAGAGAAAAAGAAAAAGAAGAAAAAAGAACUAGAGAAGCUAAAUAAUUUAGACGAGCUUAUAACCGCGACACAGGAUUAUGUAGAUCAGAAAAGAAAAAUGGAAGAUGAUGAUUCAAAAGAAUCGGUGAAAAAGAAGAAAAAGAAGAAAGAGAAAAAAGAACAUAAAGAUGAUGAUGUUGACACAGAACAAAAAGAGAAGAAAAAAGGAAAAUUUCAAAUCAUUCUUACUCAAUCCGAAUCAGAACCCAGUUUGGUUCCUGAAGUAUCUAAGAAGGGAAAAGGGCCGAAAAUCAUUGUAGUACAAAAUGAGUCCUCAGGAUCUACUAAAGAAAAGGGAACAAAAUCUAAGAAAAAGAAAAAGAAGGAAACUGAUGAAGAGCACGUUCAUGAGACCAAGGGUAUGUUGAAAGCCCUGAAUUAUCUGAAACUGUGGCAGGAAGAUAAGGCAGCCUGGAAGUUUGAAAAGUGUCGGCAAAUAUGGUUGCUGCAUAAUGCGUACGACGAGAAAAGGAUUGAUGAUGAGCAUUUUAAAAUACUUCUUGAAUACAUGAAUAGUAUAAAAGGAGGGAUGAGAGAUAUUACUGUCGCUGGAGCCAAGAGUAGAUUAGACAAAUAUAAAAAAUGGAAGGAUGGAGAGGAGGAAGGGUCUACUGAAACUGAGCUGAAGGUUGAGCUCGGAGAUAAACCUGGAGACAUUGAGCUGAAGAGGGCUCAACAGAUCUUCUCCAAGCUCCAGGGGGAGGAGAAGGACGGGUCGUCUUCUUCGGAGGAGGAGGAGGAGAGCUGAAUUGUUAAAUAUUUUCAACUAUAAUUUUUUAGAAAUAAA